UGAAAAGUGCUUGCGAAAUGUUGCAAAACAACGCGGUGCGCACUUUGCAAUACGACAGUGAGAUCCGUGUGGCCCAGCAGCCAAGCCCCUCAGAACCGAGAGUUUAUGACUCCCAUAUCAGCAUUACCUCACAACCCAGGCCGGAGGCUCCACGCAUCCCGCUGCCAGUGCCGAUUCCCACAGUUACGGGAAGCCGGACGCUAAUUCCACUUUCCGGAUACGAUUGCCUAGCAGAUCUGCCGUCGGUACAUAUUGAACAGACCUUUGAGCUCAACGAUGCUCUAACAGGCGUCUCCUCGGAGAAUCGAUAUGUGGUGCGAUCCCCACUGGGUGACGCCAUUUUCGCGGCCAGCGAGAGUUCCACAGGAAAAGAUCGACUAGUUUGGGGAGCUGGACGACCCUUUCAGAUGCACCUGCUGGAUAAAACGCACCAGGAAGCUCUGGUUUUUCGCAGAAAACUAGCCCUUGGAUCACUGUGCUGCCAGGCAAAAAGUCUAGAGAUCUGGAUUCCACCUGGUAAUUUGCUGGGUAAAGUGGUGCAGUCACCCACCUUCAUGCAGCCGGAAUUCUUUAUCGAGGACGAAAGCACACGACAACUACUAUUCUGUGUAGAGGGUCCUGUCGGUUCAGGACUCUGCUGCUUCUGUUUGCCCAAAGAUUGUUACUUUAAGAUUCAUUCAGGAGGCAAUAUGAGGGCUUCCAUAGACCACAAAUGGAUGGCCAGCAAGUCUCAGUACACCACGAAUAUAUACUUCACUGAUGCCAAGCUAACCGCCAAGGAGCGGGCUUUGAUACUGGGAUCAGCAUUCCUACUGGAAUAUCUGUUCUUCCAAACCCGCUUUUGAUGUGAUUCAUCAAUAAAAAACGUUGUAUAUUCACAUU